AGAAUUGAAAACUUCCACUGCUGAUCCACUUGGUGCAAUUCUUGGUAAAUUUGCUUGAGUCAUUCUCUGAUCAGCCUCUAUUGGCUUGCAAUCGGAUCGUCCUUAUCCUGAGACGCUUCUUAUCUCUCCGGUUAACGAUCAAGUGGGUAAAUUGGAGUGCUUAAUUUUAGAAAAAUAUAAAACACCGUCAGCGACUGUUCCGCCACAGCUGAUAAAAAUCCAGUGCGCACAUUUUGUCGAGUUAAGUCAAGUGAGCGCCACAUAGAGAUUGAUUAGACAUUGCAAAGGAACCAAAAAAAAGCGUUGCUGGUUUAUGUCAACAAUGGAGAAAAAUAGCCGAUUGCAAGACGAUUUGGGAUUAGGCGAUUUGAAAGUUACAGAAUCACCCAAAAAGAAAAACAGACGAGGAAGAAAAAAUAAAAAGCUGCAAUCAGCGCAGAGUGUUUGCUCAUCUCUCCCCAACAUUACAAAAGUUAACAGAGAUGCAACUGAGGCAAGAACUGCCUUCUUCAAGCCGUCUGUAACCGAUGCUAAUCCUUUGAGAGGCGGUCGACUAAGGCGGCAGUCGGCAGUCGAUCCACCCCGUGAGCCUUCGUGGACUGUGGACGCGCCUUCUCCAGUGGCCGACAUUUACGCCGAGGAAUACAACAUGAACCACCCCCGACGUGGGGUUGCUCUGAUUUUAAACCACGAGCACUUUGAAUACGAGGAUGUCCGAGAGGGAUCGGACAAAGACUGCGCAAAACUGCACCGGGUCUACCAGCGCCUGGGAUUCGACGUCCGAAUCCACAAUGAUCUCAAUUUCAACGAAGUCAUGACCACCCUUCGAAAACUUUCUCAAGAGGACCACUCGAUGAACGACUGCCUGCUGGUCACCGUCCUCACGCACGGUGCAAAGGGAGAACUCUAUGCGCGCGACCACACUUACGACGCUGAUAAACUGUGGCUGAAUUUCACUGCCGACAGGUGCCGGUCGCUGGCAGGAAAACCGAAAAUUUUCAUAAUUCAGGCCUGCAGAGGCCAAAACUUGGACUCUGGCACGUUGAUGGCAAUUAGGAAAACAUCAGCAUCGACAGCCCCUGGAGCCGAUGCUGUGGACGCCAGCGGAGGCUCUGUGCGUUAUGCAAUUCCCAACAACGCCGACAUCAUCAUCGCCAACGCCACCAUUGAAGGGUACUUCGCGUGGCGAAAUCCGACACUCGGCUCGUGGUUCAUUCAGGUGCUGUGCGACCAACUCGAGCUGCACCACGACCGACGCGACCUGCAAACCAUCCUGACGUUCGUCGCGUGCAGGGUGGCCGUCGACCACCAGAGUGACGUGCCCGGGAGCUGCAUGAACAACAUGAAGCAAAUCCCUUGCAUUCUCAGCAUGCUCACCAGACUCGUUUACUUCAAACGCAAAAACGCUCUGCAAUCGUGAAAAAUCUGCAGUUUUUGAAAUCUGAAAUUUUUAAAUGGUUCAAUAAAACAAUUAAGU